AUGUUCCCUUGUAAGUUCAAAUCACGUACAUGUUGUAUCUACAAUACUCAAUCAAGUAAUCCUGAUAAUAUUGGAGAUAAAAUAUGUCCUUGUAGUCGUAUGAUUCGUCGCCAUAAUUUCACUGGUGAUUCUAUAGAAAUUAGAGAGGCAAAGAAGGGAAAUACUGAAUUUAAUCGUCCAAAUGAAUUUCCCGAUGAUAACACACAUUCUGAUGCAGUAUCUGUCAAUGUUUUUGGGACAUUACAACCAAGUGGUUGUAAAUUUCUUCGAAUAAAUGUUCGAAUACCAAUGAAAGAUAUAUUUCAAUUAAUUCUUGAAGAUUGUGAAAGACAAAAACCAGCUCUCAUAUUAAGUAUUUACGGUGGAACUAAAUAUUUUACAAUGACAGAACGACUUGAAAAAGAAUUUAUAAGAGGUGUUAUUGAUGCUGCUACAAUGGCCAAUCCAUGGAUUCUUACGACCGGCAUCAAUAAUGGUGCAUCCAAAUUAGUCGGCAAAGGCAUCUCACAUUAUUCUCUCUUACGAGAAUAUCCGAAUAAAAUGAAAUGUAUUGGAAUGACCAUGUGGGGUAAAAUAAAUGAAAAUACACAUCUUGAGCUUAAAAGUCAAUCAAAGGUAAAAUAA